GCCGUUUGUGGUCGAGAGCUGUGAGGAGGGCAGCGUGGCGAGCGUCCCUGGGAAAACCUAGGCUGCCCUCGGGCCUGUGAUCCUCUGGUGUCAGCCUUCCCAUUGCUGGAAUCCUUAGCACUCCUGACAUUGAAUGUAUUUAAAUGCUGUGACCUGAGAAACAAGCCGGGAAAGAGGCAGAGGAUAACUGGAACGCUGGGGUAAAGAUUUUAGGAACCUGGAUAGUUCUGCAGGAAGAAAAUAAUUAGGUUGCAAGUGAAGGAUUUCACUGCAUCAGAUACUAAAAUGAGAGAGUCACCAUUAGAAGAUGAAUGUGGCAAAGCAGUGACACUGCAGCUGGGGCAACUAGACAAAAUUAAGACAGAACCCGAAAAUGCUCAGGAGUAUUGUCAAGCUCAACAACCCAAAACUCAGGAGAAUGAACUGAAAAUAAACACUUCAUUUUCAGACACUGCUUCACAGUUGACUACAGGCCUUCAACUUUCCCUGGCAUCAUCUGGCAUGAAUAAAAUGCUUCCUUCUGUUUCAACCACAGCUGUUCAGGUUUCCUGUUCUGGCUGUAAAAAAAUCCUCCAAAAGGGGCAAACUGCUUAUCAGAGGAAAGGGUCUACUCAGCUUUUCUGUUCCACACCAUGCAUCACUGAAUACAUUUCAUCUGCCAAUUUACCAGCUCCUACCAAGAGAACUUGCUCAUACUGCUCAAAAGACAUUUCAAAUCUGAAGGAUGUGAUCAGUGUCCACCUAGAAGACAAUACCACUAGCAAAAAUUUUUGCAGCCUAUCUUGUCUUUCAUCGUAUGAAGAAAAAAGAAAACCGUUUGUUACCAUAUGUAGUAAUAGCAUUUUGACCAAGUGUACCAUGUGUCAGAAGACAGCUAUUAUUCAGUAUGAAGUAAAAUACCAGAACAUGAAACAUAGCAUUUGCAGUAAUGCCUGCUUUUCAAAGUUUCACUCCACUAACAAUUUCAUCAUGAACUGUUGUGAGAACUGUGGCGCUUACUGUUACACCAGCUCUAGUCUGUUCCAUGUACUUCAGAUGGAAGGACAGUCUCAUUUCUUUAAUAGUUCAAAGAAUAUUACAGCAUGUAAGCAGAAACUGGCCAAGACACUUACAUCUUUUCCUUGCAAAUCAUUGAAGUCAUCAAAUGAAAUGGUUGAGAUCACUAAUGACUUGGGGAAGACAGAGGUUUUCUGCUCUAUUAAUUGUUUUUCUGCAUACAAUAAAGCUGUGAUGGAAUCUUCUGCAGUAAAUGUUUCCAUGGUACAGGAUGAGCCAAUGAAUUGUCUUUCUCCAAAGAAAGAGUCUAUUCCAGUUAUAAGCAACAUAGUGUCAUUAGCAGAUACUCAAAUGGCCCAGCCCAUCAUGAACACUGAUCUCGUACAAGGUACAAUUUCUUCAGUAACAGCAAAUGUCAUUACAAAUAUCUCUAAGAACUCAGCCAUUGAAUCGAGUAAUGGUGUUGAUAAUAGUAUGGAGCAGCCAAGCCCUGCACCAUCCCCAUCAGUACUCAGUCAGCAUACAGUUGAUUCUGGUACAGAAGGACAAAAGGAUCAAGUGUCUAGGCAGGAUCCUACAUGCAGUAUGAAAUCUGUGAAAGGAAGCGAUGGACUGUGCCACCAAAAACUGACAUCCAAAGUACAAAAAGUGAAAGAUAAAUCAAAUAUUAAAAAAUCUUGGCGUUCAAAUUUUCAGCAUUUGGAAAACAGUGUUAAAAAAGAUGUGACAUUCUGUUAUUCAUGCCAGUUAUUCUACCAAAAGAACUUCAACUAUAGGGGAGAGUCAUUUGCAACCCAAGGAACUUCUAAUUGGAAAAAAACUCUAGCAAAAUUCAGAAAGCAUGAGAAAAGUGAAAUGCAUUUGAAGUCAUUGCAGUUUUGGAAGAAAUACCAGUUUUGUGAUGAAGUUAUCGAUGAUAAUUUAUCUACUCAUUCAAAGCAAAUUGAGGGAAAUAAAAAGUACUUAAAACUUAUAAUUGAAAAUAUUUUAUUUCUUGGAAAGCAGUGUUUACUCUUCAGAAGAAAUGACCAGUCUAUUUCAUCUGUGAAUAAAGGCAAUUUUUUAGAAUUGCUAGAGAUUAGAGCAAAAGACAAAGGAGAACAAGUGUUUCGACUUAUGAAUUCACAACUUGACUUCUAUAAUAGUACACAAAUUCAAAGUGAUAUUGUUGAAAUAAUAAAGACUGAAAUGUUGCAGGAUAUUGUGAAUGAGAUCAAUGUCUCCUCAGCUUUUUCAAUAAUAUGUGAUGAGACAACUGAUAAUGCCAGUAAAGGACAGCUUUCAGUUUGUGUAAGGUACCCACAGAAAACAUCAAAGGCUGUCUUAAUUAAAGAAAGAUUCCUAGGUUUUGUUGAUAUUGAAGACAUGACUGGGUCCCUCUUACACAAGAGCAUCAAAAUUUAUCUGCAGCAAAUUGGAGUUGAUUUUAAUAAAAUAUCUGGCCAGGCCUAUGAUAGCACCACCAAUUUGAGGAUAAAGUUUAAUAAAAUUGCCGCAGAAUUCAAGAAGGAAGAGCCAAGAGCUUUAUACACACAUUGUUAUGCACAUUUUUUUGAGUUAGCAGUAAUUAGGUUUUGUAAAGAAGUAAAAGAACUCCGUGGUGCUCUAAAUACUCUCACUUCUUUGUUCAACAUUAUUCAUAUGUCUGGAGAAAUGUUGGCAAAUUUUCAAAACAUUUGUAAGGUAAGUCAGAAUAAAACAUAAAAGCAUGCAUCACAGUCAUGUUGGAUAGUCCAUGAUUGCACAUUACUAUCUGUGAUCGAUGGUCUUCCAGAGAUUAUUGAAACACUGGAAUUUGAAUCAAGCCAUUCCUCAAACAUACGUUUGGCUGAUGAAAUGAGUGAUGUGUUGAGGUUGGUUUCCAAAUUUGAAUUUAUCUUUUGCUUGAAAUUUCUUUAUCGAGUGCUCAGUGUUACAGGAAUUCUUUCCAGAGAACUUCAAAGUGAAACCAUAGACAUUUUUUCUUUGUCUUCAAAAGUAGAAGCAAUUUUGGAAUGUUUAUCCUCUGAAAGAAAUGAUGAAUAUUUCAAAACUAUCUGGGAUGGGACAGAGGAAAUAUGUAAAAAAAUAACCAGUAAUGGUUUUGAAGUAGAAAAACCUUCUCUUAAAAAAAGAAGAAAAAUUCAGAAAACAGUAGAUCUUGGUAAUUCUGAUAAUAUGUUUUUUCCUACUUCAACAGAAGAACAAUAUAAAAUUAAUAUUUAUUACCAAGGAUUGGAUACUGUAUUACAAAAUUUAAAGUUGUGUUUUUCAGAUUUUGAUUAUUGCAAGAUGAAGCAAAUUUCAGAAUUACUAUUUAAAUGGAAUGAACCAUUAAAUGAAGCAACAGCCAAACACAUUCAAGAAUUUUAUAAGCUUGAUGCAGACAUUAUCGCUGAACUUAGAUUUUAUCGGCAAUAUGCAAAGCUCAACUUUGACAUAGAUUAUGAUUCCAUCAAUUUUGUUAGUCUUGGCUAUUUAUUUAUUCAGCAUGGUCUUUACAAUAAUAUUCCUUGCAUCUCCAAGCUUUUAUAUAUUGCUUUAUCUUGGCCAAUUACUUCAGCAAGUGCUGAAAACUUACUUUCUACACUGCCUCGUCUUAAAACAUAUUUAUUUCAUACCAUGGGACAAGAGAAGCUAAGUGGCCUGGCUCUAAUGGCCAUUGAGCAGGAACUGGUGAAUAAGCUGAUGGAGCCUGAAAGACUCAAUGGAAUUGUAGAAAAGUUUAUCAGUCAGAUAAAAGAUACAUAAUACUUCCUUAAAGAAGUUUGUAUUUCUGUUGGAGGUCUAGUGAAGUUUUGUUUGUUUGUAGCUGGGGCUUACUGUAUUGCCUGGGCUGAUCUUGAAUUUGUGAGAUAAAAUGCUCUACCCAUCUCAGCCUCCCAAGUAGCUGAGACUACAGACACAUGACCACUCUGCUGAGUUUGGAACACUAGUUUUUAUUUGAAAAUUAUGUCUCUCUUAAGAUGCAGCAAUUCACAUUUAAAACUUCAAAAGUUAGGGCUGGAGGCAUGACUCCAGUGGUAGAGCAACUGUCUAGGGUGGCAAAGCCCUGAGUUCAAACCCCAGUACCACCUGUCCUACUCCCCCAAAAAAAUUUAAGUUACAGAGUGACAUCUCCUUCUCUCCUUCAAAGUUUUAUCCUUAUAUAUCUAUCUAGAGAUAUUUUCCCAUAAGCAAUACUGAAAAGUACACACUGAUCUUCCAUUUGUCCUUUCUACAGUUGCCCAUGCUGAUCUUGUGGCUCAAGUACUACCUCAGCCUCCUGAGUGCUGAGACCACAGACAUGCAUCACCAUCCCCAGCUCUUAACUUCUUUCUUUGUUUUGUGACAGGAUCUUGGUGUGUAGCACAAGCUGGCCUCAAACUCAAGAUCCUCCUGCCAUGUGUUCCUGAGUACUGCAGUUACAGUCAUGCAUCACCAUGCCUGGCUGUACAUUUUUAUUUUUUGACAGAUAUAGUUUCACCAACAAUGUGCAAGAAUCCCUAUUUCCUUACAUCUUUAUAAACUGUACUAUCAAAUAAGUUUUGAUCUUUGCCCAUCUGUUGGUUGAAAAUAGUAUGUUAAUCUCAGAAUUUUCAUUUAAGGAUAAAGUUGGAGGUCUGGGGAUGUAACUCAAGUGCUCCUGCCGGGCAAGUACGAGACCCUGGAUUCAAACCCCAAUACCAUGAAAUAAUUAGGUCCCUCUUGAAGUUUAAAAAAAAACCACAAAACUGGGUGCCAGUUGCGCAUGC